AUCGUUUCAAGUGGCAUAUGGUAUAGUACAUUUUUCACUUAUAUCUUUCCGUUACGGUGGCUCCUAGAAAAUAGCCGUCGCCAUCCGCUGAAAAUCCCGACAAAGAAGGUUCGAAGUUCGACGACAUCAUACAGCUUCGGCUUGCAGUCAUGAUCUUGCUGAAAUCAGAAUAUUUUUGUGCAUAAUUUUAUUUUAAAGCAUUUUUAGGGUUCAAAUAAUUAUCAAAUCUUCUGAUCCUUCAAAUUUUCGCGGGCAAAAAACAAAAAAUGGAUCACGACGGGUUACGAGGCUCUUCAAACCCGGCGGCAUUGUUAGCUUCAUUGAUCGGCAAACGAGACAAGCUUCACGAUGAGCUUCGAAGCAUUGAAAAACAGGUCUACGAUAUGGAGACAAAUUAUUUACAAGAUCCAAGUCAGUGUGGCAAUGUUUUGAAAGGUUUCGAAGGGUUCCUAUCUUCAUCUAAGAACACUGCAUUGUUGAAGCGGUCUAGGAAGUUCCAGCCUGAAGAUAGGCUUUUUUCAUUAUCUUCUGUCACCUCGCCAGCAGCUGAAGAGCAAGCAGCUGGACGUGACGAUGGGAGAUCGGAUUACGGGGUAGGUCGUCCCAGAGGUGGAGGAAUAUAUGGUAGUGGGCCAGGCAAGCCAAAGAGGGGAAGAGGUGGACCAAGGGACACUAAGAGAGUCAGGCCUGCGGCUGAUCCGGAUUUUGAAUAUGACGAUGACCCUGACUUGGCAAUGUGAAUUGAUUUUGCUGGUUGAGCUUUGUAUCAUCAACCUUCACUGUAUUUUUCUAAUUUUCCUUGUUAAUAUCUAUUCAUUUUUUAGGAGUUUAAGUAAUGAGAACUAAAACCCUGGUCUGGUAUAUGUUACUGAGUGAAUGUCACAAAAGGACUGAUAGAUUUCAUGCUUGUUUGAGACGGAUGUUUCCUGUGACGGAUACAUGAAAAUUGUUAUCAGUUCCCAUUGUAAUUUUAUUCGUUCUUUUAUCGAUUAAUUACCGAUAAAAUUGCAAAAUGUAA